AUGCUCGCCCUCGCUGGCACCGUCCUGCUCGGCGCGGCCCCGCUCAGCGCUGCAGCGUACCCCGUCACCUACACGAACUGCGGCGUGACGAACACCGUCAGCGCGGCCCCGACCAGGGUCAUCACGAUGAACCAGGGCGCGACUGAGUUCUUGCUCGCCAUGGGCCUCGAGGGCAGCAUGGUGGGCACCGCCUACCUGGACGAUUCCAUCUGGCCCAAGUACGCGGCCGCGUACUCCGGCAUUCCGGUCCUGAGCUCGUCCUACCCCGACGAGGCCGACAUUGUCGCCCUGAACCCCGACUUGAUCGUUGCGUCGUAUAGCUCGGCCUUCAGGGCGCUGUACACAACCUCCUCUGGCUCGACCCGGGGCGUGUUCAACAUGUCGUGCACGGGGGACGGUUCCGAGUACGGCGCGGAUUGGACCACUUGCCGUCCGCAGCUGAACGCGAUGGGCCACGGGACGUACAUGUUCGAGGACGCUUGCGAGAACAGCUCGCUGCGCCCAGACACCGUCUCGGAGGAGACCGUCUACGAGGAGCUGGAGACCCUCGGGGAGAUUUUUGGAGUGGACGUGCAGCCGAUCAUCGACGAGAUGAAGGAGGACUUCGACAGAGCGGCGGCCCUCGUCUCGGCCAGCAUGGCCAGCGCCCCGCUGAAGACCGUCUGGCUCGACUGCGUCGGGCGCUGCUGCGCCGUGGCGGACGGCGAAGAGGAGGAGGUCUACGUGGGGGCGGGCGCGGGGGCCCCCAACAUGCUGAUGGAGGAAGCGGGCCUGACGAACGUGUUCUCGGACGAGCCCGGCAGCUGGGCCUGCGUCAAGGUCAGCUCCAUCAUCGCCGCGGCUCCAGACGUCAUCGUGGUUGUCGACGCUGCCUGGGACUCGGCGGCCGAGAAGAUCCAGUGGCUCUACAACGACGCGGAGUUCUGCCAGCUGGACGUGCUGAAAGCCGCCCGCUUCGUGUCGAUCCCGUUCAGCGCGACCACGCUCAGCCCGCGCAACGGGCCGGCGGCGUACGAUCUCGCGAUCGCCGCGAUCCACGUCCGCACUGGCAUCACGACGCCUGCGCAGGAGUCGGGGGUGGGCUCGUUCAACCCGUACUACCUCCAGAAGGAGUCCGAGUGCGGGAAGUGCCCGCUGAGCAUGACCGACGUGGUGUACACCGACUCGGGAGACGACGACACGGUGUCGGUGGACUGCCCCACCACCACGGCGCCCAGCGGCGAGGACGUUGCGUCCAAGGGCUCCCGUGCCCGCAUCGCAUACCUCCGCGCGUCGGUGGCGGUGGCCGCCGUGGUGCUGUCGCAGUUCUCGUGCGCCUGA